ACACAGAGAGAGAGAGAGAGAGAGAGAGAGAGAGAGAAGUAAAGUAAACUCUUCCUCCUUUUCUUCUGCUCAGGCUACACCUGCUCGGGGAACCGGGACUGCUGUGUCGGGAGCGGGUCAUGCCUCCGCGCCGCUGCUCCUGACCCUCGGCUUCCUCUUCCCUCGGUCUGGUUUUAGUUUCUGUGCUCGUGGAUAAAUGCGCUUCACCGGCUCCGUGAAGGUGCGCGUGGGCGAGGCCGUGGACCUGAAGCCCACCAGCGCGUCCACGCGCCACGCCGCCGCUUUCGUUAAAACCGGUCUGGGCCUGACCCUGGGCGCGCACGCGACGCUGGACCCGUACGUGGUGGUGAAGGUGGACGAGCGCGCGGUGGGACAGACGCGCUCCAAACCGCGCACCAACGCACCCACCUACAACGAGGAGUUCUGCGCGUGCGUGAGCCGCGCGGAGAGACUGGAGCUCGCCGUCUUCCACGAGUCGCCGAUCGGCUACGAUGACUUCGUGGCCAACUGCACCAUCCACUUCGAGGACCUGAGGAAGAGCUCGAGCCCCGAGGAGACCUUCGAAGGAUGGGUUGACCUGGAGCCUGAGGGGAAGGUGUACAUCCAGAUCACUCUCAGUGGAUCAUUUAUUGACGUUUCUGAUGACCCCGCCCCUCCUCCCACGUUUAAGGAGUUCAGUCGGAAGCGUCAGCGUGCAGUGAGACGCCGAGUCCAUCAGGUCAACGGACACAAGUUCAUGUCCACGUUCCUGAAGCAGCCCACGUUCUGUUUCCACUGCAAAGAAUUUAUAUGGGGUGUUUUUGGAAAACAGGGAUACCAGUGUCAAGUGUGUACUUGCGUCGUCCACAAACGGUGCCAUCAGCUUGUCGUCACUGUGUGUCCACGCAUGAAGAAACCUGCCAAAGAACAGACGGUGAAUCAGGGUUUCAGCAUUAACGUUCCCCACAGGUUCGAUGUGCAUAAUUAUAAGGUUCCUACGUUCUGUGAUCACUGUGGAUCUUUACUGUGGGGCCUCAUGAAGCAGGGACUGCACUGUAGCAUCUGUAAGAUGAACGUUCAUAUCCGCUGUAAGGGCAACGUCGCACCGAACUGUGGCGUGAACAACGUGGAGCUUGCUAACAAAUUAGCGGAGAUGGGACUUCAGCCGGGAGGGACGAUAAAGCGCAACACACUGAACCCAUCUGCCCUAGAAUCCUCCUCUCGUCGUGUCAGUGUGAAGAAAGGUGUGUCUCCACAAGAGAAUAAAGGUCGAACCUUGCACAUCGAGGACUUUACAUUCCUACAGGUUCUUGGCAAAGGCAGCUUCGGCAAGGUGAUGCUGGCCCGCCUGAACGACACCGAUUGUGUAUUCGCCGUGAAGGUUUUGAAGAAGGACGUGAUUCUGCAAGAUGAUGAUGUUGAGUGCACGCUGACGGAGAAACGGGUGCUGACGCUCGCACACUCACACCCCUACCUCACACACCUGUACUGCUGCUUCCAGAACCUGGAACGCCUGUUCUUCGUGAUGGAGUUUGUGAACGGCGGCGAUCUCAUGUUCCACAUUCAGAAGUCGAGGAAGUUUGAGGAGAACCGAGCUCGAUUUUACGCAGCCGAGAUCACCUCUGCGCUCAUCUUCCUCCACGGCAAGGGCAUCAUAUACAGGGAUCUGAAGCUGGAUAACGUGCUGUUGGAUCGGGAUGGUCACUGUAAGCUGGCGGAUUUUGGGAUGUGUAAAGAGGGGAUGUUUGAAGGAGCCGCUACUGGAACCUUCUGUGGAACUCCAGAUUACAUCGCUCCCGAGAUCCUGCAGGAGAUGCUGUACGGGCCGUCGGUUGAUUGGUGGGCUCUGGGCGUGCUCCUUUACGAGAUGCUCUCAGGCCACGCCCCCUUUGAGGCAGAGAAUGAGGAUGAUUUGUUCGAGUGCAUUCUGAAUGAGGAAAUCGUUUACGCGUCGUGGUUGAGCGCCGAAGCCGUGGACGUCCUUAAAGCUCUCCUGACGAAGAAUCCGACUCGUCGCUUGGGCUGCGUGGCGGCGAGCGGUGGAGAAAACGCCGUCAUGACGCACGUGUUCUUCAGCACCAUCGACUGGGACAAACUGAACCGGCGAGAGAUCGAGCCUCCGUUUAAACCCCAAAUCAAAACCGGUGAGGAUGUGAACAAUUUCGACCCCGACUUCACGAACGAAGACGCAAUUCUCACUCCCAUCGAGGAAGCUGUGAUCCCGCAGAUCAACCAGGACGAGUUCCAAGAUUUCUCGUUCACCUCGGAGGAGAUGCUGGAGUACUGCGUGUAGUAAAGAAAAGGAAAAAAAAAACAGUAAAAGAAAAACAAAGUGAUGCCGCAGGAGGAAGACGACGACGUCGGUUGAGUUGGUUGAAUCGUGACAUCAUACUAAUGAAUAUUUAUUGAACUGGCGAAAGCUAAGCUGUGUUGGGAGACAUCAUUGUGAACCGUGACUGUUUUGUCCAAAGUUAGCAAACGGUACGAUUUUACCAAGAAGAACGUGGGACUUGUCAGAGGCGAGAUGUGAUGGAGAUGUGAUGGAGAUGUGAUGGAGAUGUGAUGGCAUCAGAUUUUAUAUAUUUUUUUCUGCAGCAAGUCAGAAGUUUUUCCUGGACACUUUUUUUAACAAUCGUAGCUGAUUUAUUGCAGCAAGCCUAAAAAAUGGAUGCAUUAACAUCGUACACAAAGGACAAUGACAUCAUAUUCCUUAAACCGCGACAUUUUAUUGAACAAAAACAAAGUAUUCAAACUCUUACCAAAGUUAGUGAAGACUAUCGUGACUAUCGCUUUCGUACUAAACUCUGGAGGUGAAUUUUUUUAAAUGAAUGAGAGAUGAGAAUAUUUUUUUAAGUCAUUGCGUCAGUGGAAAUGAUUAGUAUUACAAGCAUUUUAUUGUAGCUAAAGUUAGCUUUUAUUGUAUGAGAGAAAAUAUGAUGGAAAGGAUCAAAUUCCAGUUAUUUCUCAGCACCAAAGCAAAAAAAACAACAAAAACAAACAAACAACAACAACAAAAAACUCUGUCACAGUAUUGCAUUUAAAGAGAUUGUUGUCAGUUCUCAGAUUUAUAAUACGCUGGGUCAGUGGGGCGGAGCUAAAGUUACUAGCCUGUUAUUUUUUUUUAACAUCUUUAGCUUGAUUUACAGCUUAGCAGGAAAUAAAAUUUUCAUUACGCAAUGUAAUUGUUUAGCUAAUUUUAGCUAGUAAUAUUGGAUAGUUUUAAUUAGCUGAUAUAAAUUUUUAAUUAGACUAGCCAUGAUUAGCUAUGUAACACUAGCUAGGUAGUUAUUUAACAUUAGGUGCAGGUAUCUGGCUAGCUUAGCUAAUCUUACUAAAUUAUUGUAUUGUGUAGCUAAGCAGAACAUCAUGCUACAGAUAUGAAUUUUGAAGCUGAAGAAAUUUAACUUAAGCCCCGCCCCUUGUUGAGCCAGUGAUCUUUGGCUUUGGUCUUACUUCAUAUUCUCUUCAGCACUUUCUCAGUCGCAGCUGGAUCCUCUGCUCUUCAGAGUUACGUUUUUUACCUUAACGUCAUAACCUGCCGCUCUUUAUGAAACAUUUAUUACAUUUAUCAGACUUUAUUAAUGAUGACGUCCGCGUUUAUUGUCGUUAAAACUGUAGUCUGAAUUUUAUUGCAGGUUUAAGAACACUGGGUUAUAAACAGGUGAUGGGCCCCUUUUUUUUUUUUUUUUACUGCUUAUAAAUCUUUUAUUAAGUCUCUGUUAUUAAUCCGUUAUUAAAUGUUGGCCGGAGUCUGUUAUGCUCUCAGGAGUGGCAGUGUUACUGAAAAGCCUCCAGCUUCUGUUAUCAUUGUUUGGAUGGCGAUGAACCCCGUGACCCUGUGACCUCUUGCCCUAAAAUGGCAGGGCUGCGUCCAAAAUAACAAAUGUUCAGAGGCUUUAAAGGGGAGAUCACUAAUUAUAUGGGGGUAAAAAUGAAGAAAUAGUAUACAGGCUAUUUUUAGGCUUAGCAUUUGGGUAUUCUGGGCGUUGGUGUGGCGUGAGGGGGUGAAAAUGGGUAACGGGGGUAUCAGAAGAGUGUCACAGGAAAAACUGACGUAUUAACGAAAGGUUAUCAAAGGAGUAACAGCUAUGAGAAGGGAUAUAGACGGGGUUACAGGGGAAUCAGAGGAAAUUAUAAAGGUAAAAUUUAUAUAAUUAUAACUAUAGAAGUAUGAGGUAACAUGGGGAUCAGAGGAGAAACAGGAAUAUCAGAAGGGGUAUUAGAGGGGUAUAAGAGGCAAAUGGGGUAUUGGAAGGAUAAUAGAGCCAUCAGAGGAAUGUCAGAAAGGAGAAAAGGGGAAACAGGGUGAUAGACGGGGUAAUAGACAUAUCAGAAGGGGUGUGUGCGGGUAAUGGGGUAUUUAAGAUGGAGGGGGUAAUUGGGUAAGAGUAUUAGGGGGGUAUCAGAGGGAUAGAAUGAGGUGAUGGGUAUCAGAGGGCUGACAACUAAUUUGAAAUCUAAAAGUGGGGUAGUAAAAGGGGGUAGUACUGGUAUCUCAGGGGUAUCAGAUGGUAAGUGAGGAAUUCGAGGGGCAUCAGAUGGGUUUCUGGGAAAUUCGAAGGGUGUCAGGUGGGUAACUCUGGGAUUAGAAGGGUGUCAGAGGGGUAACUCUGGGAUUAGAAGGGUGUCAGAGGGGUAACUCUGGGAUUAGAAGGGUGUCAGAGGGGUAAAUGAGGAUCCGAGAAAGUGCAAGAGGUAACAGAGGGGUAAAAGGGGCCACAUGGUAUCAGGAGGGUAUCAGCUUUGGAAUGAACAGUGAACGGAUUUGUGUCCAUUAUGGAAAGUAAGUGUGUGUGUGUGUGAUUGUGUGUGUGUGUGUGUGUGUGUGUGUGUGAUUGUUGAUGAGUUUGUCACUUCUGAAAGCACAAUGCCGUUGGGCCACUGCUCAGGUUUUUGUUUUAGCGCCGGUUUCAUUUCCGCUUUAAGAUGUUUCCUUCUCGCAUUAUUAAUAUUAUUGUGUGUAUAUUUGUUACCGUAGUGUUGCUUUUGUUAAACCGAACCGUACUCCGUGUUUGUUUACGGUCACUGGAAGCACUUUGUGUGAAAUCUUUUUUUUUUUUUUUUUUAAAUUGAGCCUUUAAAAAGUUUUAUUGUUCAUUUUUUUAACUUGUGUUUAGCGUUGUGUUUGGGUCGUACAUGCGAUCCUAAAUAAAAGGAUGCAAAAACCA